AUUAGCAAUUAGAAACAUGGCAGGUAUUUUAUGAGCUGAUUUCAGUACUUUUAGACGACACUGCGUGCAGUACACAUUUAAAUGUAGCUACUUUCAGACUAAUAAAAAUAAAUAAUAGUAUAAAUGUGGAUGUUUCUCCAGCAGAAUGUCAUUCCUGAGAGCCUGAAUGUGGCCUUAAAACAGCUUCACGCGUUUGCUGAUAAAAUUUAUAGAAAAUCUGAUUGAAAAAUAUGGAAAAAUCCAAAUAGUAUACCAAAUAAUAUUAUAGACUUUGUGUGUGUGUGUGUGUGUGUUGUGUCUAAGCUUAGGGGCUCGCUAUGGCCUUGGAUAAAGCCUGUUCAUGUUUUGCUUUUGUUUUGUUCACCUUUGGCCACGAUUUUUGAGCGAUGUGUGCAUGGUUAUCCUGCUCCAGAUCUUUGAAGGACUGAGUGUGAAGUGCUUUGUAAAGGCGACCUCUCUGUGCAGACAGAGGACCAUAAUGCCCAACUGAUUGAUCCUGAUGGCAGCACGUAUCGGCUCCUCAUUGGACGUUACUGUGAUUGACUGAAGAGGAAGAAGAGAAGGAGGUCGGGCGAAACCAUUCAUCCGGCCAAUACUCCGGCUGAUAUGUAUGUGAAGAUUAACGAGCUCUCGUAGGCAUCUGGAUUCGGAUUUGAGCGAGGAUUAUGGGCGUGUAGUUGAAUUAGGUUUUAAAAUCAUGAGUCUGGGUAAUUUCGGGUUGGAUUAGCUUCUAAAUCACAAGGUCAUCGGCUCCGAGUCCCCCCCCAACAUCCCUGCGAAUGAACAGCCAAACAGGCAAUUAGGAUGCGGAGAUGGUUUUGAUGACGCUGCGAUGGGUAACCUGCGAAGAUCCCGAAAUUCAAACAGUAAUGAGGAUCCGAUUUGAUUACAAGUUGCUCUAGUCUUUUCGUCGCUUCUUUUUCUUUUGGCCAUGUUUUUCCUGCGGAGGCUUGUGCAGCUGCUGGUGCUGCUGAUCCAUAGCGGAUGGUGGGGGGUCGCGCCGAGCCCCACCGAUGAGGGAGCUCUCCGGGCCGGCCAAGGGGAGCACGCAGGAGAGCCGGGACACCAGGAGCCGCACAAGGACUCCUACAGCACCUUCGCCUCCGAGUUCCUGGAGUCCAGAUAUCUGUCCGAUGACGGUUAUCCCUUCCCCACUGCUCCACCAGUGGAUCCCUUUGCCAAGAUCAAAGUCAGCGACUGUGGAGUAACCAAAGGCUGCAUAAGAUAUGGAAAGCCAGGGUGCGAUGCAGAGACGUGUGACUACUUCCUGAGUUAUCGUCGCAUCGGGACAGAUGUGGAGUACGAGAUGAGCGCAGACACGGACGGCUGGGUGGCCGUAGGUUUCUCCUCGGACAAGAAAAUGGGAGGAGACGACGUCAUGGGCUGCGUCCAUGAUGAUAACGGACGUGUGAGGAUUCAUCACUUCUACAACGUCGGCCAGUGGGCAAAGGAAAUAAAGAGGAACCCGGCCAGAGACGAAGAGGGCAUUUUUGAGAACAACCGGGUGACCUGCCGCUUCAAAAGGCCGUUAUACGUCCCCAGGGAGGAAACACUUGUGGACUUACACCUGUCAUGGUAUUACCUGUUUGCAUGGGGACCUGCCAUACAAGGCUCGAUCACGAGGCAUGACAUCGACAGUCCUCCAGUCAGCGACCACAUGAUCAGUAUCUAUAAAUAUGAGGACAUCUUCAUGCCUUCUACAGCCUACCAAACCUUCAACUCUCCCCUCUGCCUACUGCUCAUAGUAGCCCUCACCUUCUAUUUACUAAUGGGAACGCCAUAAUGAAGCUCACAGCAGGGCGAAUGCUGGCAAAACAAAAAAACAAAACAAAACAGGGAAGAUAAGAUGAAGCAGCAAUAAAGAUUAGUUUCCAUUUUUCUCUGACGCCACAUUCAAGUGUGCGCUUUGCACAAAGUAUUAGAUAUAUUAAAAGUAUUAGUUAUAUUAAACAUAACAGAGAGGACUAUUCAUUACUCUGAACUCCGACACACGGUCUUAACAAAGUAUUAAGCCUAUAUUAUAGAGGUGUCAUGUACUGUUGUCAGUACAAAACAAGAGAUCUGACAAAAAAGUAGUGUUAUAGUAUAAAUAGGCCAGUUAUUUUCAGUAUUUAUUAUAGCUUCCAAGUAUUUAAAAAAUAUGAGGACUGCACAUGCCAGUAAAUAAAUGUCACAAGUCUUCAAAAUACUGCAUGCACUGGGAAAUCUGGGAAUGAUUUCAAAAACCCCACUGUUCACUGGGGGAUGAGAAGGCAGCGCCUCCUGUUGAACUUGGCUAAAACACAAAGGUUUUCUGAGGACGAAAGAAGCAGCUCUCUGCUGUUUGCACACACUCUUCCUGUCCCUCUUCCCUGUUUGUUUAUAUGGAUAUCAUUAUUUGCAAAAACAAAAGAAAAAAUCCUUUUCAUGCGGUGGUUUGUGCUAUCACAAAAUAUUGUUUCCAAGGGACUCUACAGUAUGCAUUUACCACGUAAACACUUUUCAUUACUUUUUUUUCAUGUUUGGCGUUCAUACACACUUGGCUCAUCUCACUUUUGCGUCAUUUCUUUUGAAGGUUUCUUUUCCACUUUCUCAAGCACGGUGGCUGUUGGGUUUGUUUAUCAGUACUGUGGCACUGUGAAUGUGUUUGCAGACAAAGAGAGACUGCUACCUGAGCUACUGUUGCCUACAGCAAGCAAUAACACAUUGAACAGAGUCAAACUGUGGGUUUAAGAACAGUUUGCUUGGACAUGGACUAAUUUUUCCCCCAUGUUACUGUAGCCUUUUGACCUGUAUUAAAAAUGGAUGAACAUGU